UGACGUGGCAGGGUGUAUAUAAACUGCUGGGGAGCCGUAUCUGCGGCAGUCCCAUUUUGGCGGGUGGACGGCGGUGGAAGCUGUGAUCACUCCACGAACAGCUUUAACAGUGCCUCAUCGGCAUCCGCCUCGCAGCAGAGACCAAGAUGAAUCCAACACGCAACCAGGGUGGGGAAAAUGCCAGCUUCCAAUCCAAGGAUUUGUUCAGUAAUUGUUUGCAGGCCAAGCGAGAUCUGGAGAUGGCCGUUAGCAGUAUCAUAAAGGCCGAACAGGAGAUUAAAGCAAACAGUAAGGAGGUAAAAUUUCAAAUCCACAGCUGCAUCAGCCGUCACUUGGAGUGCUUGCGGAGUAGGGAGGUUUAUCUGUUGGAGCAAAUUGACCUUGUGGAGCAGCUGAAGGAGGAAGCCCUGCAGCAACAGAUUCAGCAACUUUAUUGGGUAAGGGAACUAUUGCUGUCCCAUUCAAAUUAUAAUUCGAGGUUGGUAUUGAACUAGAAAAGCAACACGUUAGGAUCUCCAACGUGUGCAUUGCAAUAAAAGGAUGACGUAAUGUUUAUUUGUGAAUAAUAAGCCUUAUAAGAUACCAAAUUUAUAUAUGUGGUAAAUUUGACUUUUUAUAUUAAUUGGCCUUGACUACAGUUUCUUAAUAAACUAUCACAAUAAAAAGAUAAAAUGUAAAGAUGCA